CCAGCAUUCGCGUCUCUUCGUAGGCUAUCUCAGCUCGGCCAUUUGGUUGCAUUUUCCCAGGCUGCUGCAAACGAACACCAGAUGCUUGUGCUGCUUUUUCAUCUGCCUUAGUCGCUUCCAGUGGGCUCAGCAGUGUGCACAAUGAGUCACACCGACGGUACCAUCUCCCACCCUGCGGUUUUCCUGCGCGGCAUCCCUGGCCUGGAGGCGUAUCACAUUUGGCUGUCUACACCCCUUUGCCCCUUGUACUUCUCCGCAGUCCUGGGGAACAGCAUCCUGAUCGUGGUCAUCGCCACAGAACGUAACCUCUUCUUUCUAUCCACGCUGGCCAUUACAGAUAUCCUGCUGCCCACCACACCUGUGCCCAAAGCCCUAGCCAUCUUUGGGCUCCAUGCCCGUGACAUUGCAUUUGAUGCCUGUGUCACUCAGGUCUUCUUGGUCCGCACAGUGUUUGUGGGGGAGUUGGCCAUCCUGUUAGCAAUGGCCUUUGACGGCGUUGUGGCCCUCCGUGCCCCGUUGAGGUACAGCACGGUGCUAACAUGGACUGUUGUGGGAAGGAUUGCCCUGGCCAUCAUCACACAAAGCUUCUGUAUCAUCUUUCCGGUGAUUCGCUUGCUGAAGCCACUGCCGUUCUGUCGAACUGACAUCGUCCCCCAUUUGUACUGUGAGCAUAUCAGAGUAGCCCGCUUGGCUCUUGACAUCACUGUUAACAUCUGGUAUGGCUUCUCAGUGCCCAUGGUCAUGGGCAUCACGGACGUGAUCCUCACUGCUGUGUCUUACUCGCUCAUUCUCCGGGCAGUGUUUCGUUUGCCCUCCCAGGAUGGGCGGGACAAGGCCCUCAGCGCGUGCGGCUCUCAUCUCUGCGUCAUCCUCAUGUUUUACACUUCCUUUUUCACCUUACUGACCUACUGCUCUGGGAGAAGCAUUCCCCAGCUCGUCCAUAUCCUGCUGGCAAAUCUUUACUUGGUAGUGCCACCAAUGCUCAACCUUGUCUAUGGCAUGAAGACUAAGCAGACCCGGGAUGGUGUGGCCCACGGGUUCCUGGAUGUCAGCGCUCGGUGCUGUCCGCCCCCCCCACCCCACUGCUGGGGUGACGAAUCCUUGGGGAUCUUCAUGUUCAACCUCAUCAGAAGUGCUGCGAUUUCCUGA